CAGUGCUGUGUGAUGUGCUUCCAUCAAAUCCUGUUAAAUGGAGAAUCGCAACAAUGUGGCUGAAUUCAUCCUUUUGGGAAUUAUAAAGAAUCCAGGUUUGAGGAAAAUAUUCUCUACUUUGUUUCUAGCCCUGUAUGUUGUCACAGUAUUGGGAAACCUACUCAUUGUGGUGACUGUGACUGCCAGUUGGUGUGUGAGGUCACCUACGUAUUUCUUCUUUACUUCCUUGUCCCUCAGGGAUGUCACCUACUCUUCUGUCAUUGACCCCAAGCUGAUUGCGGACUCCCUCUCUGACAGCACCUCAAUCUCCCUCAAAGGCUGCAUGACCCAGCUCUUUGCAGAGCAUUUCUUUGGUGGGGUGGUGAUCAUCUUGGUCAUCGUGAUGGCCUAUCACCGCUACGUGGCCAUCUGGCGGCCCCAGCACUACAUGACCACCAUGAGUCCUCUACUGUGCUGCCUGAUGGUGGGAGGGUCUUAGGUGAGGGGAUCCAUGCACCCAACCAUACAACUUCUUUUCAUGUAUCAGAUACCCUUCUGUGGCCCCAGUGUCAUUUACCACUUUAUGUAUGACUUAUUCCCACUUUUGAAACUGGCCUGCAUGGACACCCACACCCUGGGCCUCUUGGUCAUCCUCAACAGCGGGGUGAUGUGUGUGACCAUCUUCCUCACCUUCAUCACCUCCUAUGUGGUCAUCUUUUGCUCCCUGAAUUCUUGCAGCAUUGAAGGCAGACACAAAGCCCUCUCCACCUGUGGCUCCCACCUCACAGGAUUUGCGCUAUUCUUUGUGCCAUGCAUUUUCUUCUACAUGAGACCUGUGGUCACUUACCCCAUAGAUAAGACAAUGGCUGUGUCCUUUACCAUUGUUGUGCCAGUGCUGAAUCCCUUGAUCUACACCUUGAGGAACACAGAGGUGAAAAAUGCCAUGAAGGAACUGUGGAAGAAACCAGGUACCCUAGGUGUCACUAAGUUGCAUGCCCAAGAACAAAUCCUUUCUACAAAGUCAGUGGAUUCUUACCUACCCCAUUAA